UUAUGCUUUUAUAAUUAUAUUUUAUUAAUAAUUCAUUGCUAAAAAAAUGCCUCUGUGUUGCAAGUUUAAUACAAUACGUUAUUUAAUGUAUUGUUUUUCAAUUUAUUUAUAGACAGUCUUACUGAAGCACGGUCAAAAGCGAAAAGAGCCGAGGACACCUCCAACCUAGAUACAGCAGAAGAAAAUGCAUUGAAACGUGUUAAAAGGUGUAAAAUGAUUAGUUCUUCUGAGAAUGAAGGAGAAGAUUAUGAUCAGAUUAUACCAAGUAAAAAGAAAACUUGGCACAAAAAAAGAACACCCGAUGAUUUUUGUGUUACUCAAGUAGACAAACCUACUCCACCAUUUAUUCACAAAGAGACUCAUUCAAAAAAAGAAAAUUUGCUGAAUCUUUAUGGAAGUGAUAUUGAGUUGAGCAAUUGCGAGUCUAAUGUUUUACCAGCUGCAAGACUAGACUUUGAAAUAGACAAAUGUAACAGUUCAACAUCAAAAUAUUCUCAAUCGAAAAGUAUAUUGAUAGAUUCUGCCUCUUUUCAAAACAAAUCAUCACCUGUUCAAACAAUUAAUCAUAAGUUAUUAACAGGUGAGUCUGUAAAUCUACAGAUGAUUGCUAAUUUAUUAGCAACUGUAAUUAGUAAUCAGGAAGAUAUAAAAAAGACUCAAGCAAUGCAUACAGCACAAAUUCAAUCUAUCCGCCGCAAACUUGAUUUAAAUGAUCAUAUCUCUCCAGAUCUUCCAGAAGGUAUUCCAUUACCAGCUAAGUCAAUGGAAGAAAUAGAUAUUUUAACACAGAAGCUGGAAAAUCCCGGAAUAAAGAAAAUAGUUGCCAAACAUAUUGCUGAUAUUGGUGGAGAAAAUUUGAGAAAUUUUAUUAUGAGGUCAAUGCCCAUGCUGCUAGAUAGCCUUGUUGCUCGUAGCUUCAAUUUAACCGGGCAAAAAGGAAAACAAUCGUUUAAAACAAAUGCACUUCAUUUAGUUCUUUGUAGUGCUGUUAAAUUAAAUCCUAGCACAAAAAAUUGCACGCAAAAGGAAAUCGAAACUGAACUUUCAACCUGGUUUGCUAACUCACGUGAUCGUGGAAGUAACAGUCGUAGAUCUGGUAAAGUCGCUGUCAAUGUUAACUCGACUGAACUAGAUGCAGAUUAUCUUACUCCGUCAGAAAAUAUGGACAAAUUUGUUUAACAUUACUUUUUAUUAAAAAAAAAUAGCUUACAUUA